AUGGAUCUCAGGAGAGUGAGGAAUCUUCAGGCACUGAUCAAUGCAUAUCAACAAGACCCUGGGCUUGUGGGAGCCAAGCAGCUUACAUUGCUGCGGGCCCACAUGGAGAAUAUCUUAAAUGCUUACACAGAUGUCUUUGGCAGAAAAGCAGUCAAGGAGGAAGACAAGUCUGAGGCCACCACCAGCAAUGAAAGUGAUUCUGACAUUGAUGAAGACGGUGAGAUCCUUGAGCCCGACCAAGAUGUUCCCCAAGAGAUGGGAGAUGAAAAUGUGAGACUCACCAGCGAGAUGAUGGAUCAGGCUGAUGAAAAGAGAGAAGAAGCUUUUGAUGCUCUUGAGAAGGGUCACCUCCAAAGAGCCCUCGCGCUGUUCACGGAGGCCAUCAAGUUGAACCCCCAGUCCAGUGUCACAUACGUGAACAGAGCCAGUGUCUUUGUGAAACUGAAGAAACCAACCGCUGCCAUUCGAGACUGUAACAAGGCCUCACAGAUCAACUCCAAAUCCACCCUGCCCUAUAAGUGGCGAGGGAAAGCCUACAUCCUCCUGGGGCAGUGGAAGAAAGCAGCCGAAGACUUCACCAUGGCGUCCAAAUGGGAUUGCGACGAAGAAACCAGCGCUUUGCUUCAAAUGGUGCAGCUCAGGCUCCGGAGGAUAGCAGAGGAUCAUCAAAAAUAUGAGCAAGAGCAGGAGCUCAAGGAAAUCCAGGAGAGGCUAGAAAAAGUGAGGCUGGCUUUGGAGGAGCAAGCAGCAGUCCAGCGAGAGGAGACUUCCUGGAAUGAAAUGGCCAGAGCAGUCCGGAAGCAUCUCAAAUUUUUCUUCACCCUCCUGGAUCCCAGGAUGAUGAUGGCAUUCCUGGAUGUAGUUUGGAAUCCAGAGAACAUCUACAAAUACCGAAAGAGGAACGUGCUAAUGAAGCUCUCUCGCAAAUGUUGA